AUGGGCUGCGUCCAAGGCGCUGAGGUCGCACGACCAGAUCCUCCAGUCCGGGGACCUGCUAGUGAUCCAGGUGCAGGUUCCAGCACCGUCGUCCGAAAGCCUCCUCCCCCUGCUGUGGACGUGAAUAGUAUCGUCGUACCGGAAGGAUUCAUCCAUCCUCGAAGUCUGGCACGCUUUGAUCCCUUUCAGGAGGAGCAGCCAGAUUGGAGGUGGGAAAAGGACGAAGGACAAUGGAGAAGCUAUCCCUUGAAUGACUCCAUCGAGCUGGACCGGUACUGGCAAGUGUUUGCAAAGGCUGGCAACGAGGGUGGUGAAACGAAAGCAAAGCUGAAGCUUCUCAAGACUGACGUGGCUGCUUGGCGGCAGGAGGGCCCUCAAUUGCGUAGCUUCCAAGCCUCAAAUCUCUAUGAUAAACGAAUAAAACUGUCUUUGGUAGCAGCAAGACAGUGUCAACAGAGUGCUUUUUGCAUUGGCUACUUUGCACUUGUGACCACUACUAGAAUGCUGGUUCGUUUGCUAGCAGUGCUGUCCUACCGUGCCAAGCAUAGAAAGACACAAACAUGA